GUCCCGAGGUUCUUUCGUUCGUCGUUGCCGUCGUCCCCGACACUCCCGCCGCCGCCAUGCACCACGUCUCGUCCACCUCUUCCCGCGCUCUGCGCCGCGCAGCUGCAAAAGCCGCGAAGCCUUCGCUGGCCCGCGGCGCCCACAAGGAGAUUAAGUUCUCCAACGAGGGACGCGCGAGUAUUCUCAAGGGUGUUGACACGCUCGCCAACGCUGUCAGUGUCACGCUGGGUCCCAAGGGCCGCAACGUUAUCAUUGAGCAGUCGUUUGGCGGACCCAAAAUCACCAAAGAUGGUGUGACCGUUGCCAAGUCGAUUUCAUUGGAAAACAAGUUCGAAAACUUGGGUGCACGUCUCGUUCAGGACGUCGCGUCAAAAACCAACGAGGUUGCUGGUGAUGGUACGACGACCGCUACCGUUCUGGCUCGUGCCAUCUACUCGGAGGGUGUGAAGAACGUCGCCGCUGGAUGCAACCCCAUGGACCUCCGCCGGGGUUCGCAGGCUGCCGUCGAACGCGUCGUCGAAUUCCUGUCUUCGAACGCAAAGACAAUCACUACUACGGCCGAGAUUGCCCAGGUUGCAACGAUCUCAGCGAACGGGGACGCCCACGUGGGCAACCUGAUUGCCCAGGCUAUGGAGAAGGUCGGCAAGGAGGGUGUUAUCACCGUCAAGGAGGGUCGGACGAUCGAGGACGAGAUUGAGAUCACGGAAGGCAUGCGUUUCGACCGCGGUUACAUCUCUCCCUACUUUGUCACGGACGUCAAGGCGCAGAAGGUCGACUUUGAAAAGCCGCUCAUCCUGCUCAGCGAGAAGAAGAUCAGCCUGCUCCAGGACAUCUUGCCGUCGCUCGAGGCAGCUGCCCAGCAACGUCGACCUCUGUUGAUCAUUGCCGAGGACGUUGACGGUGAGGCGCUCGCUGCUUGCAUCCUGAACAAGCUCCGCGGCCAGCUCUCCGUGGCUGCCGUCAAGGCGCCCGGGUUCGGUGACAACCGCAAGUCCAUCCUGGGCGACCUGGCUAUCCUCACUGGCGGUACUGUCUUUACGGACGAACUGGACAUCAAGCUGGAACGUGCUACGCCCGACUUACUUGGUUCGACCGGGUCGGUGACGAUCACGAAGGACGACACGAUUAUCUUGAACGGCGAGGGCUCCAAGGACGCCAUCCAGGCGCGUUGUGAGCAGAUUCGCAGCAUGAUCGCUGACCCGGCCACGAGCGAGUACGACAAGACGAAGCUGCAGGAGCGUCUUGCCAAGCUGAGUGGUGGUGUCGCCGUGAUCAAGGUGGGCGGAAGCAGCGAGGUGGAGGUCGGUGAGAAGAAGGACCGUUAUGAUGAUGCGCUCAACGCCACCCGCGCGGCGGUGGAGGAGGGUAUUCUGCCCGGCGGAGGUGUUGCGCUCCUGAAGGCGUCUCUGGCUCUGGCCACGAACGCGCCCGGUGCUUCGAGUCAGCCCACAUCCCCCGAUGCCAAGCCGAUCCCGACCGCCAACUUUGACCAGGAUCUCGGUGUGUCCAUCAUCCGCCGGGCGCUGACGCAGCCGGCUCGCACGAUCCUGUCGAACGCGGGCGAGGAGGCGUCGGUGAUCGUGGGCUCGUUGACGACGAACUAUGGAAGCGCGGACAAGUUCGCGUGGGGCUACGACGCGAGCAAGGGCCAGUACGUCGACAUGAUCAAGGCCGGUAUCGUGGACCCGCUCAAGGUGGUCCGGACGGCGCUCGUGGACGCUGCCGGUGUCGCGAGCUUGCUGACGACGAGUGAGGCGUGCGUUGUGGAGGCCGAGGAGAAGGACAAGCCGGCGCCUGGUAUGGGCAUGGGCGGUAUGGGUGGAAUGGGCGGUAUGGGCGGAUUCUAAGGCGAUGAUGAGGUGGGGGUUACAGGGACCAAAAAUAUGGUAUAAUUCAUUUAUUGCGCGUCGCAUCACAUCCACAUCUAUUUCGCAUCCUGUCCAUUCAUCGUGUUCUAUAUCCAUAGUCGUGUCGCAUGUUGUCGCAUCUAAUCCAAUCACCACUCACCGUGUCCUUUUCUUCCAUUCGAUGUUGUCGGUGUUCCGUCGCUCAUCGUCCCAGUAGCCCAUGUUAGUCCAUGCCUUGCCCAAUCCGAGACUACAAUCACCGACAGGUACAGG